AGCAACCCUUUUUAUCAUAACAUACUUCAUUCAGUCAUGUCUUGUCUACUAAUUAUUUUAUUUAUGAUAUUAGACAAGCCUUUCUGAAUUUUAAGCACUAACAAUAACAAACGCAUUUAGGGUUUGUGAUUGAAUUUUAAUCUUUACCAUUACAAGUGAUACUUCACCCAAAAAUGAAAAUUCUUUCAUCAUUUACUCACCUUCGAGUGGUCUGAAAUGUGUAUACAUUUCUUUGUUCUGAUGAAAACAGAGAAAGAUAUUUGGAAGAAUGCUUAUAACCAAACAGAUCUCCCAUAGUAGGAAAAAAUACUUUAUCUUUUAUUGGGUACGUUGAAUUUUGAAGAAGGUAGGACAGUAAAUAGUUCCGGGGCACUUUUGACUAUUGUUUUUUUCCUACUAUGGGAGUUUAUACACAUUUGGAACAACUCGAGGUGAGUAAAUAAUGACAGAGUUUCAAUUUUUGGGUGAAGUAUCCCUUUAACAUUUAUCAGAAUUAUUGAGACUAGACCAGAUUAGUUCUCAUGUAAUAAUCACAAGAGAAGGCACAUAUAUUAAACAGUCUAGACGGAUAUCAUUUAUGAUGUUGGUAUUUAGUGGUGUUGUCUAACUGACUAUUUUGGAAAAGGAACUUUCAUAAUAUCACAUCUAUGUGAGGACAAAUGUUGGCUGUUGAACUGUCAGCCUUCAACAGAGUGUUUAUUUUCACAGUCUAAACAUGUCUACGCUGAAGCUGAAGUUAAAUGAGUUUAAACUGAGCGUAAAAUACCAUAUAGCCCACACACAACCUUUCUGACAUUGAGAUGAUAUAGGUUUUUGAUGUUUAUUUUGAUUUCAGAGUGACAGAAUGAAAAAGAAUUUGUUUCAUAUCAGAGUUUUUGAUAGAAUAACUAAUAUUUAUAAAACGAUUAGGCUUAUAAUUGAAAUAAAAAACGAUCCCAUUGAAAAUCUUAACAUAUCUGAUAUGUAAUUCCGUUUUCUAAUUAAAAUUAUUACCAAUAUUUUUUUGUUAACAAGUUUUAAUCGGCUUUAAUAUAUAUACGCAAUUUUUUUUACAUUUACAUUUAGUCAUUUAGCAGACGCUUUUAUCCAAAGCGACUUAAAGGUGGGGUCAAGAAGGUGGGUUUUUUACCAGUAAACUCAGAAAAUUAGUGUGUGUCUGUGCGUGUGUUAAUACUCUUAACACCUUUUUAUUUAUGUAUUAAUAAUAAUGAAGAUCACAAAAAUCCUGAUUGACCGAAAUUAACAUUCAGUUUGACUCACAGUUGUCUCACACCUCCGACGGAUAAACCAUUCGCGAUAUUUCGUUGUAGACGAAUCCAUUGUACUUACAACGACUUAAUUCGCUAGAACACCAAGUGAAAAAAAAUGAUAUUGUAAUUUGUCGCUUUUAUCCCAACCUAAAUUAUACGCUUUAAAUAAGUAUUACUAUUUGUUGUUCGGUGACAGUGUCACCCCCGCACAGCAGAUUCAUUCGCCAGUGGUUUCGUCCAAAUCUAUAACCGGAAAAGCCGGUGUUUACGCUUUGAAAACAGGAAGUCGUGCACUGCGUCGGGAUAAAACACACUUAAAACGACGCAGUCCGUCAAAACAAUCGAUUUGAAAUUGAUAAAAUGUAAGGUUAUUUGGAUUAUCUGUCCACCGUGCAGCAGACUUGAUCGAGGUGUAAGGAAAGCAAACGAGUCGUUUUGCAAUAAUGGUUUCUGCUGUAAAGAGAAACAGGUUUAUAUAGUCUGUUCGCUUCAAACUGCGAGGUGACACGCCGAUAACAGUGGGAUAGGCUGAUAAUACCACUUGGUUUUAAGGAUGGGUGCUGAGAGCAGUACUCUGCCAAGCUGUGUGCUGGAGGAGCUGUUGCUGACUCUUCCUUCAGGUCUGACAAUGUACUCCGCCUUCCUCAGAGAUGGCAAACCCGCCUCUGUCUUUGUGCACAAGCAAGACAAUGAAGAUAAACUCAGUAAAGCUGCCAAGCACCUAAAGACGCUGCGGCAUCCGUGUCUUCUCCGCUUCCUGUCGUGUACAUUGCAGGAUGGUUUUAUACAUUUAGUGACCGAGCCAGUUCAACCAUUAGAACGAGUGCUAGACAAUCUUUCUCCAGAAGAGAUCUGCGCGGGCUUGUAUGAUGUCCUGCAAGCACUAGUGUUUCUACACGACAGGGGCAAAUCAAGUCACAACAACGUCUGCAUGUCCUCAGUGUUUGUCAGUGAAGAUGGCCACUGGAAGCUUGGUGGGAUGGAAACGGUCAGCAAGUUUUCAGAGGCGACCCCCGAGUUUCUCAAAACCAUCCAAAAUAUGAAGGAGAAGGAUGUAAUUCCUCCCGAGGAAAAGCUUGAACAAUUUAAAACUCUUCCCGACAAGCACGCCCAUUCCCGGGACGCUUUUUCAUUCGGGGUGAUGAUAGAGGCUCUCCUUCCACUCCUGACGGGACAUGUCUCCGAUGAUUUGUUGGAGAGUCUAAAGAACACGCUACAGAUCACCCUCCUGACCCCCGAGCCCACGUCUCGACCCUCUCUCAGCAAUUUGCUGACUCACAAGUUUUUCAGGAAUGACUUUUUGGAUAUUGUGAAUUUUCUGAGGAGUCUAACGCUAAAAACUGAAGAGGAGAAGAAUGAAUUCUUUAAGUUUCUCUUAGACAGAGUUCAGAACCUCCCUGAGGUGUUAAUUGCUACUCGUCUGGCUCCUAAACUGCUAAAUUCUCUUGUGUUUGCCGAGCCUAUGGCGGUGAAAAGCUUCCUUCCUCACCUCUUACGGCCUAAGCAAGACUCCAGUGGAAGCACCAGUGAGGAGUGUCUGCUGUCCGUCUCUUUGUAUCGGAGAUACGUGACUACUCAACUCCUCAAGCUCUUUAAAGUCAACGAGGAACACGUCAGGGUCGUCCUUCUGUCCCAUAUCCACAUGUAUGCAGAGUUCUUUACUUGUGAAGAGCUCAAAAACCAGAUUCUUCCUCAGGUUUUGCUGGGAAUGAGAGAUACAAAUGACUCACUUGUCGCCAUGACGCUACAAAGCCUGGCUGUGCUUGUUCCGUUGCUCGGAGCACAAGUAGUUGUUGGUGGGGAGAGGACCAAAGUCUUUAAACGCACUACGCCAAACUUCACCAAGUCCACAGAGGUCACCCCAGAGACAUCACCUGUGCAUAUUGUCGGGCCAUCACAUCCUCCUAUCUCACAACCUCCAAAAGUCCUGAAUCUGUUUCCUAAGGGUCCGGAGACCAAAAAGGUGGUGUUAGAAAAUAUGUACUCACUACAAGCAACUGAUAAAACUGCUCGGCAGCUCACCAUAGCAGAGAGGGCAGGUUUUAGCAGGGGGAUGUCGUUCCCUUUGAACGGUUUCAGAAUGGGCACACAAGCUGUGAACAGCACACAAAGCAGCAAAACAGUGAGAGCCGAUGAAGACUGGCCAAACUGGAGCGACACAGAAGAACCGGAAAAAGACCAGAGUCAGUCGGUCCAAAUCAGCAUCCAGUCCCCAGGCAUCCCAGCCAAGGAUAGCUCGGCAAUUUCAGCUGAAACUGGGAAUGACAGCGAGGAACCGUGGAAUGAUUUCGAGGACUCUGAAGUGACUUCAGACCAGUCACCCUCCAGUCAUCUACCAGUCUCUGUACCAAAGACAUCAACAAAAAAUACUGCAUUAUCUCUAUCUGAAAACAUCUCUGAACCUCAGAAGUUGUCAAAAGCACUUAAACUGAACUCGAGAGUGAUAAGUCCUCCAGACCAUAACCAUACCUUGUGGGACACUGUCUGGAACCAGGGAACCGACACCAUUGAACCCAGCCAAGGAAGUUUAGAAUCCGAGCCCAAGCCAAAAAAUACAUUCAAAAGCCACGGAGCUGGGGGUCUCGGAGAGGAGUUCACCAUUGCGGUGAAGAAGAAACCAGAGCGAGACCCAGAGCUGGACUUUUUCGCAGACAUGGUUCCAGAUAUAAAGCUGUCUUCCGCAUCUCAUCUGCUCCCUGUGGAGAGCUCAGUCGGUGAACCCAUAACAGGUACAAUGUCGGGAAACACAACGUCAGAUAAUGCAGAUUUACCGAUAGAUGCAUUGAAACUUACAGCCAAGUUUGCCGCAGCGGACUUAACCGAGACAGCGGCAGAAGGUUGGGGUGAUGAUGACCUCAACUGGGAUGAUGAGAACACCUGGUGAUCUGCUUGAUCCUUUAUAGAAAGCCAUACAAGUGGAAGUCAGAAUAUAACCAUACAAGUGGAAGUCAGAAUAUAACCUACACAAAGACACAGUUACAAAGGGCACCUUCCUGAAAUUACCGCUUGUCUUGAUGUACAAAUUUAGACAUUUUAAUAAACUGUAAAUUAAGAGGGUAUUGUUUUUAAGGUUCUCCUCCCAAAAUGAUAAUCUGAUGCCAUAGAAAGAGUUCAUCUACUGUAAACAUGCCAAGUCUAGUCGAAUUCAUCGGUCCUGUUGCAUCUGAAAACACAUCUGCUCAAUUGAAGUUUAUCCAGACAAUUUUUAUUUGUGCCAUACAGAUUUUAUAUAAAGAGCCUUGGAGGACAGACCGCCUCAACUUGAGAAGAAAUGUAUAAAAUCAUUAAUGUUCCCUGUAGAUUUGGGUAAGAGCCUGACAUAAUUUAUUUGUAUUAUCAGCUGCUGAAAUAAAAGAUUUUAUUCUAUUUGA